CCCCGGCGCCGCGUGCCGGCACAUUCUUUGGAGGCGCGCGCCGCGACCGCUCUCCUGGAGCGGGCCCCGGCCCGCCGAACACGUUCCCCGAUCCCCCCACCACUAGACACGUUGAGGCGCGAACGUUUUUUCCCGCGGGAGGGGGGCGUUUUCCCGAGGGGGGCCGGGCGGGCCACGCGAUGAACAAUCCGCGGUCCAUGGAGGGCCGGCGGCUGGGCGACGUGGCGAAGGAGCUGCGGGCGUGCCACAGCGGGGGCGGCCUGUCCCAGGCGGCCAAGGCGCGGGAGCCGUCGAUGCACGUCUUCCUCAUCGACGCCUGGGCGCAGCGGUCGAUCCUCGGCGGCCGGCGGAAGCUCGAGGUCAAGCCCUGGGCGACCGUGCGCGAGGUGAAGAACGGCAUCGCGAAGCUGCUGCGCAUCCCGCCGCAGCGCCAGCAGCUGUACUUCCGCUCGGCGGAGCUCGCGGACCACCGCACGCUCGAGGCCUCGGGCGUGCACCACAGCGGCGCGACGCUCCUCUUCGACGCGCGGCCGGAACUCACGGAAUCCGACGAGGCCGCGCUCGAGCCCGUGUCGUGCGCGGCGCUCCACGGCGGCGACGGCGCCCUGCCGCCGACCCUCGGCCGCGCGCUGUUGCGCGCGCGCCGCGCCCUCGUCGUCGGCCAGAAGGCGCCGGAGCUCGCGAUGGACGGCACGGGCGGCACGUACUUCCUUCCGGGCCUCGACGGCGCGCCGGAGGCGUGCUUCAAGCCCGCCGACGAGGAGCCCUUCUGCGCCAACAACCCGCGCCUGUUCGUGGGCACGGCCAUGCCCGGCACCCGGGAGGCGCCCGAGGCCGAGAUGCGCCGCGGCGUGAGGCCCGGCGAGGCCGCGAAGAGAGAAGUCGCGGCGUACCUGCUCGACGCGCGCAACGGCGGCGGCGCGGGCGUGCCCGAGACGACGCUCGCGAAAAGCCGCCACCGGGGCUACGAGUACCACGACCGCGUCGUCGCCGACAAGGUCGGCUCCUUCCAGGUCUACGUGCCGCACUCGGGCGUCGCGGAGGACUUCGCGCCCGGCCGCUUCGAGACGCAGCGGUUGCAGGCCAUCGCGGCCCUCGACAUGCGCUGCCUCAACUGCGACCGCAACGCGGCGAAUUUGCUCAUCCCCAAGCAGCGCCGCGGCGCCGGGAAGAAGGAGCACGACCUGAAGCUGGUGCCCAUCGACCACGGGUUUUGUUUGCCCGAGGUGCUGUCCAUCGAGUGGUUCGACUGGUGCUGGAUCGACUGGCCCGCGUUGAGCGCGCCGGUCUGCGAGCCGUUGAAGGCGCAGAUCGCCCAGCUCGACGCGGACGACGACGCCGCGGCGCUAAGAGACGCCUUGGACAUCCGCCCGAAGUCCGCGCGGCUCAUGGUCGCGGCGACGGAGCUGCUCAAGCGCGGCGUCGCCGCGGGCUUGACUUUGAGAGAUGUGGCCAUGCUCAUCGUCUUGCCCGAGGAUGCGUCGUCGAAAACCGGCAAGUUGGCCACCGCCGUCGCGCGCGCCGCGGAGCUCGCGGACCUCGCCUUCGCGGAGACGCACGCCCUCGGCGGCGCGCUCCCGCGGGGCGUGCCGGCGACGAUCCGCGUGUCCCUGGCGCCGCCGGAGGAGAAGGUCUUGGGGGACCUCGACUUUGACGCGGUCUCCGCCGUCGACGUGCGCCUCACCGUCGCCGUGCCGCCGGAGCCCGCGGCGACCAAGGCCCACAGUUCCUACUACACCCAGUCCAAGCCCAUCGCCAUCGACUGCGCGGAAGCCUGGCGCGACGAGGCGUCGUCGUCCCCCGAGCCGUCGCCGUCCGGUCCUUCCAGUCCUUCCAGCAGCGACGUCGGCUGCGCGCACGGGUCGCCGCGCUGGGUCGACGGGUUGCCGUCGACCGUCGCCCCCUUCGCCAAGGGCGUGCCCGCGAGCCCCAUGCGCGCGCGGUCCGUGUCGCCGACGUCCGACGACGACGACGGCUUCGUCGCCCGCUUUUGCGGCCGCGCGCCUCCGAGCGCGCGCGCCGCGCCCAAGAAAUCCU